GAUUAUUGUUCUCCACCCAACCAAAUGAAAAGCAAAAAUAGAUAAUUGUUUAAAUACAAAAAUCCCUAUCUACUGAUCACCGACAACGGAGCAAACCGUUGAACCCAUUGCAAUUUCCGUCCACUUCUCUUCCAGUCUGCCCCUAGUUCCUUACAAAAUCCCCACUCCGGUCAUGUUUCCGAUGACCCGAUCCGUCCCGUCAAACCCCAAAUCCUGUAGCCUGUAGGGCCUCUAUCUUCUUUUUGCAGCAUCCAUAGCUGUUUCUGCAACAACAAUGUCGCAAAACCUCAUCACAGCCUCCAACUCUCAUUGUCGGGUUGGAAGCUUUAGCCUCUACCCGCAAACUCGUUUGGAGAAAUCCAGAGGAAUCUCUCUUUCCCUCAAACCCUUUACCCUGCGGGUCCAACCUCCCAGAACCCAUUUUCCCAAUUUGGAAUUUCUUAAGACCCGCCAAAGGUACGUCGUUAGGGCCUUCGAAUUGGAAGCAACCGAGAAACCUGUGCCCGACAAAAGAUUCGAUUUUGAUGCUUUCUUAUCAGUUCUUGAAUUCCUGUGCUUGGCCUCCUCGGCGGCUGCGUCAAUUGCAGUUGCGGUGAAUUCUUGGGUUUUCCGGCAGCAUAACUGGGUCGGGUUCCCGUUUCUGGUAGGACAGUGUGCGGUGCUGGCUGGUGGAAUGCUAAUCGGCGCCUUAAUUAGGAGGCGGCAGUGGCGGAGGAUUUGUAACGUUGACUUUUCAAAGUCCAGCAAGGGUUCAGAUGGGUUUAAUCUUGUAGAGAGGAUUGAGAAGCUGGAAGAAGAUUCCCGGAGCUCCAUGAAGAUAAUUCGGGUGUUAUCAAGGCAGCUCGAGAAGCUAGGGACUCGUUUUCGGAUUAAAAUGAGGAGUUUGAAGGAUCCUAUUAUGGAGACAGCUGCAUUGGCCCAGAAGAACUCUGAGGCUACAAGAGCAUUGGCAGUGCAAGGGGAAACUCUUGAGAAGGAGUUUGUUGAAAUACAAAACAUCCUACUGGCAAUGCAAGUAUGAAUAUCUCCCUGUCUCGGAUACCAAUUUUCAUUUUUUGUAAGGGAUAAUCAACAUAACAAGCUUAUUUUUUUAACUUGGAGCAUGAAUGGCCAUAGGAUCUGUUUGAACAAUGGAAUAGACAGACACACUGAAGGCGCCCUCAUACAGUCACACUUCACAGUUCACACACAUAAACAAGUACAAUUUGUCAUGGUGAGAUGAUCUUGAGGUUUGUCCAAUCAACGUUGGUGACAGGCCCCAUACAUCGAAUAGCUGAGAUCAGGUGGACACUAUGACGCGUAGCAAAAGAUCCUAUCCCGCCACACAUAGCUGAAAUUUAUAUAAACAUGCGUGUGCAACAGCUAAAAAUAUAUACAAAGACCCGCUCAAAAUAGGAGUAAAAUAUAGGAAAAGUUCCAAAGUAAGACUAGGUAUGUGUUCUUCCCAAAACAGGACAUAUUUGAUACUAUUAAAAGAAUAAAAGCAUAAAACAUCCCUUUAGAGGAGUGCAUGAGUCCUAUUUUUAGAAUAAAACAGGUGUACUUCUAUUUGACAAAUUUUGGUAUCUUUUACUCCUAUUUAGGAAAUUUUCUCUUUGAUUACUACGUAGUAACUAAUAACCUUGUACCUCAUCACCUGUGAUUGUAGCUAUGGCUUUUUCUGUGUAAGUUAAGUAGUUCAAAUUAGUACAAUAGUCUUUCCUUAAUGUAGUCAGCCCAGUGGGAAAUGCUGAAGCUCUGUUUGGAACAAUCAACAACAUCCAAGCCUUAACCCCAAAAGAUUUUGGGGUUACCUCUGUUUGGAACAUGGAAAGAAAAUGAGGAAGAUAAAGAUGAAAUGUGGAAGAAAGGAAAAUUUGGUGGGAAAAACAUCCGUUCGAACUCAACAAACUAAUGAUAUUUGUUCAAAGUAAUUAAUGUGUAUAUAUAUAUAUAUAGAGAGAGAGAGAGAGAAAACUUCAUGUCAGCCCGUCAGGCCGGCCUGAUGAGAAGAGCCCUCUAUAUAUAUAUAUAUUUCUAUUGUAUAUAGACUAAGAAACCUGAAUAAUCUGUAAAUCAAAAAAAUCAAAUGAUGUUUUCAUUGAAUAUUCCGAGUUAAAACUAAACAUAAAGAAACAUUUUCUGCCGCACCCUACCAUUUUCCAGGCUGCAAACAUAGCUCUAGUAUAGAUAUAUACUUCUGUAUAAUGAAAACAAGAUGGAUAAUUGCAUUUAUUUUCUCCGUCAAGUUAAUUAUUGUUGGAUCUUGUCAAACAAUAUGAUAUUUGUUGUCAUUCUUUCUUAUAUUUAUAUAUUAUAUUAGCUAUCGUUCUUUCUAGCACCCCCACGAUGGACUUGUGACCUCAUAAUGGAUUUUCAUUGUACAGAAUACACCUUAACAUGUUUAAUGAUGGAUCUCACCUUCCACUGCAUUCAUAAACAUAUCUGCAGGACCAACAACAGAAGCAAUUUGAACUUAUUCUUGCAAUUGGGAAAAUUAGCAAGUCAAGGGAUGAUGACAUGAAAGGACCCUGCCAAGAUCAUAGCCAAAGUCAAGAUGCACCACCUAACACAACGAAUUCAGCUGUCGAGGAAGUUCCCGAUAUGAUACUGAACUAAAAUGCAAAGUUUGAGUGGGAAAAAUGAAUCUAGAAAUAGGGAGGGGGGGGGCUCUUGAUUCUAAGAGGCAGAGAUGACAAAAGUUGAUAGGUGUGCUUUGGUAAAGGUUGAAGCCAGGUAAUAAUCCUUUGAAGCCAAUUUGAAGUCAUUGGAUUUGGCAUAUGAAGAUUGACCCAAUUUGUGAGUUGAAGAGGGACAGAUGGAAAUAAACCGGAAAGGAAAACUGAAAGAAAGCACUGAUUUUAGUUUUGGAUAUAUGGAUAGAUUACACUAUAUUUUUGUUAUUAUUGUGGGAAGCAUUUAUUGUUAUAUUUUCUAGAGUUGACAGUUUCAGAAGAAAUGAGGAAGACUCUCAUUUGUGUGUUCUCCAGUGUCCAUAUUUUGCUCUCCGUGUCUUGAUAUUUUUUUCAUUAAAAUGAAAAGAGCUUUUCGAUUAUGUCAGUUGAGGUUGCGAGAGCAGGGCAUAUAGCGUGAAACUUUGCCUAUACUUUAUCCUCACAAAUUUAUAGAGCUUGUUAAUUUAUAGGAAAAU